AGCUCGCUCACCGCAAUGGCCCGCGUCUGCAGCCGCUUUGGCCGCCACUAGCAGAGAUAUGCGUCGAUUGAGCAGACGUGCCAUGGACGACGCCCCGCUCCGACGCUGACGUCGCCGCGCCGUCGGUUCGCUCAUUCGCCGCCUCGCCGACGCUCUCCCGCGCCGCGGCCUCCAUCGCGAGGACCGCGGUGCGCGGCGGGCUCGCGGGCGCGGACGGAGCGUUAAUACACCGAGCGGUUGCGGCGGCGACGGCGGCGACGGCGCCGCUCGCUCCGCCGCCGACCCCUGAGGGGGCGCGCGGCGGGCCGGCGGCGGCGACGUCGGAGCGCGGCGCCGGCCGGCCGCCGAGAGAGUAAAAGAGAGACGACCGCCGCGCCGGACCGCGACGCCCGACGCCCCGCGUGCUCAGGUUUCAUCCACCAUGGGCGUCCGCACGAAGACGGUCAAGCGCUCCGCGCGCCUCAUCGUCGAGAAGUACUACUCGCGCCUCGGCGUCGACUUCCACACGAACAAGCGCGUCUGCGACGAGGUCGCCGUCGUGCCCUCCAAGCGCAUGCGCAACAAGAUCGCGGGCUUCGUCACGCACCUCAUGAAGCGCAUCCAGCGCGGCCCCGUCCGCGGCAUCUCGCUCAAGCUCCAGGAGGAGGAGCGGGAACGGCGAAUGGACUUCGUGCCCGAGGUCUCGGCCAUCGACCAGGACUUCGUCGAGAUCGACCCGGACACGAAGGAGAUGCUCGACGCCCUCGACUUCAAGGACCUCCCCGGCAUCCAGGUCUCCAACAGCGCGUAAGCGCGCGCCGCGGCGCCCGCGGGCCGCCGGCCCCUCGCGGGCCGGGCCGAGACCCCCGCGGCGCCACCCCAAAAACACCAACCUCUAACGAUCCUUUUCGCC